AGAACUGCUCCUGCCUUUGCAAACGCAGCGCUGAUACUUGACCUGUGAUCUGACAAAUAAAUCUACCAGAGCGAGAGAAGUCGUUUGGCUGAAUCCUUCCAGAUGUCCCAAACCGGGCUUCGAGUUUUUCAUCACAUUCGUUUGCCUCGUGCGCUCUUUCACCGCGGAUUGAAAAAGUUGCAUUGUCGUUUCCUCCUCUUACUGGACAUUGGGUGUACCCAGUUUGGAAACUAGUGCUUGUAAACAGCCUGGCCCCUAUCAGAUAUUUAGUAGAACUGGCAUGUAUUCUAAUUCGCACUUUAAUGGCUGUGUUUAUGUAUUCCAAUCAAGAGUUUCCUUCCACAAUGAUAACAAGGACUAACUGUAGGAUGUGUUGUGAUCACGCUGAUGGUGGCUUUGCUAUUGUGUCUUACUUUGAGUCAAACUGGUCGGCAGGUCUAAAUUUAGCCCUCCACCAGGCAAGCUUGUUGAAAAAUUGAUCAACGGCGCAGUGGCUGCUAUAGUAACAGUUGCAGUUUUAGUGGUGGUCAGGUGUCACUGGAUCUCCAGUGGAUUAGAUAGCGAGCAACAAUGAGUACGGCGCAGGACGGGGCCACCAGGAAAAACAAGGCCGUCUCUAACGUCGGUAACAUUUCCAGGGAUAGAACAGAUAAGGGCGAUGACAAGGUGGACGUGUGUGGCCGGGGGAGCUGGUGGCAGGGAACACUGAAAGACACACCAAUCCCAGGUGUCUAUCACAUACGGGACUUCAUUGAAGAAGCUGAACUGAACCCGGUGAGGAAGACCUACGGCUUUAAAGGUGUGGGUAGAAAAGCCCGCAUUCUGGGCGUACGUAAGGGGGAUCUGCUUCUCCCCGGGGCGUACAACCACACCGACUCCACACAGGACGUCCUAAUGCACCAGGCCUCCUACUCUUUCAAAAACUGUCCAAGACCCAAUAUCGUCACCCUGGGCGUCAGGGACAAGCAUCUAAACACUUCACCGUGUGACUACAACCUAACAGCAAAACUGGUGGAGAAGAUUCCCUGCAAGCAUGGGGUGUUUCGGUCGACCGUGCAGCGGAUCAGCUUUCCUCCUAGGGAGGGACCUUCGCCGUGCCACUAUAAUCCACAGACAAGACCAGGAAAAGGCAUCACUUCCUGCUUCAAAUCCAACCUGCCGCGGCUCCACUGUGUUCACUCUAAGACCCCGGGUCCAGGGGCCUACGAACCUUGCUGGAAGUUGGGUGACCGUCUCAACACGGAGGCCAUAGACCCGUCAUUUAGCCUCUUCUUCCGCUAACGUCCUCUAGUGUGGAGAACGCCACAAAGCCUGGAUGCCACCACCAUCCUGAUCGCACACACGGUGACCCUGCCUCCUUCUUAAAAUUAAAAGAAAGACGUACAUAAAGAAA